CGAAGGUUUGAAAUAGUCAACUGUGGUAAACAAACGUGUUUAUUCCCGAAAGGCUUUAAAAUUCCGCAGACGAUUUUGUCAAUUUAAAUCGCAAAAACGUUUAAGUUUCCGUUUUAAUCAAUGUUGUGUGAAUAGUGUAACUUUUGCGCCCGUGAGCCCCGAUGGAUUCCGAUUGCCAGAUGUUUCUCGUUGUAAAUGACGACCGGCACCGGCUGAAGCAGGGCAUUACACUGCUCGGGUCGGCUGAUAAUGACCGCUACAGCGUCAUCCGACUGGACGAAAAGUCCGUCUGCGCCAAACAUGCAGCGGUUCGGUGCAACCCGGCCACACAGGAACUGCACAUCAUGGAUCUGUGCUCGCACAGCGGCAUCACCCUUGCCAGGAGUCCAUCCGCGAGCAGCUUCCAGGAGCUGGCCCCACUCGAGUGGCACGCGGUUCCCAACGGUGCCCGGAUCACCAUCGGCAGUGUGAUCCAGUGUCGCGCGGAAAUUGGCACCCUGCUGGGCGGAGGCAGUGGCGGAGCUCGUCGAUCCUCCCGACUUGGUUCGGCGUCGUUCUUCGAAGAUUCGGCCGAUUUCAUCGACUGCAGUUUGGAGGAACCUUCUUCGCUCAAGUCCCGAUCGAACCUCCAGCAGACGGGUACGUUGAACGCUUUAACGGUCAGUAACGACGCCAAGGCGGUUGAGACGUCACUUCAGCGGGACAGUUUCGUGGUCCCUGCGACGCAACCUCAGAGAGGUGCCUCCACGUCAAUUCAGGUAAAUGAAAGCCAAAACGUCAACGUAAUUGGCGCUGGCCCCGAAGACGACCUCGAUGAUGAUGACCUGUUUUACAUUCCGGAAACGCAGGAAUGCAACGAAGAGGCGUCCGCCGACGCCUCCCAGGUGAUCGAUCCGAUCGGCAACACGAUCGGCACCGGCGACAAAGAAGACGACUUUCUUUGCUUCGAGAGCCAGGACGAACGCAACACCGGCGACGGCUUGUUCAACAAUCCGUACGUGGAGCUGGCGUCGCAGAAUCUGCUGCAAAAUCUAGACGAGUCGUACAAACAGCCAGAACGCAAAUCGAUCGCCCCUGAUCGUUCCGUAGACUCAAUCUCGUUCCACGGCAAACUCCCAGAACAAAGCAAAGCCGACGAAACCGACGAAGAUUUGAGCAAACUCGAGUGGAACGAAACGAAGAACACGACCAAGGGCACCGAUCCACGGGAAGGUUCCGUCACGCCCGAGCUGGAGUUCAACAAGCCGUCCGAAGAACCCCGCGUCGAGUCGGUCACCCCGGAUCUGGACUUUGAUCGAAUAACUCCUCAACAAGAACCAUUAAAACUAGCCUCCACCAGCAAGUUGUCACUGUCGAAGAAGGUGGAGGAACCGCAGGACCGCACCGAGUCCGUUACGCCGGACCUGGACUUUGGGAAGCGCAAGGAGGUGGAGAAGGAGGACGACGAAGAAGAAGCGGGCAUUUUGCCCAACCAGGAAGCGUUUAAUCGGAGCGAGUGUCAGCUGGAUCCGUACGAGCUGGCCACGCAGGCCAUGGUGCCGGAUGGGGAAGGGGAAAAGGAGGAGGAUGAUCCGUACCUGUUGGCCACGCAAGCGCUGCCCGUUGACCGGGAAACGCACUCGACGAGUGUGUACGAUUUGGCGACGCAGGCGGAACCAAGUACCAGUAAAGCUAACCUCUCAAGUGCCUUCAAAGUCCCGGCCGCCCCGGCCCCGCAAGUCAACGACGAAGACGACGACGACGACGUUUACGAUCUGGCCACGCAGCAGCUACCACCGCAAAAACUCACCACUGCCCGUUCCCUCCGCAAGGUGAACGUCAAACUCACCAACUGGGCCACGUCCCGCUCGCAAAACACUUCCCUCCGUGCCAACAAAGAGUUCGAGCUGGACGCGUUUGACGUCGCAACGCAGGCACUUCCCGUUGACGACGCGUACGACCUGGCCACGCAGGCACUUCCCCAAGGCGGUCGGGAAGGUGACGACGAUGAUGCAGACGUAGAGAACGAUACGAUUCCGUUGGCUCUGCCGGAGGACGCUUACGAGAUGCAGACGCAAGCGCUGGUCGCGAAGGACUCUCGGGGUUCGCUCGUGGACGAGGACGAUCCGGAGGUGACGCGGAACUUUAGGCCGGCGGUGAACAGCACGUGCCGGCCGUCGAUGAUUGGCCGCCAGAUGGAGGAGGAGGACAAAGAGGAGGAGUUGAACAUUUCGCCAUCUUCCAACAAGGAAAAUCGAACCGAAGUGAAUGAAGGAGGAGGGAGGGGGAAGGUGGGGUUGCGGACGACCAAGCGAUUGGCGUCUACGCAGGAUGAUCUGCUCGGGUUUACCGAACCGACGGAAACUGAGGAUCUGGACGAUGAGUACUGUCUGGCGGCUACGAUGCCGAUGGCCGACGAGGAGAAGGAACGGUCGAGGAAGUCGGUUUUUAAAGUACCUGAGAAUCGGAGCGCCGCUUCGAGCACGAAGAGUUCCCGAACCGGUGCCAGCAGCAGCAGUAGCACCAACAGCGCCAUGGAGACACCUUCGCGCUCCAAGCCGGACACGGACACGUGCUCGUUCGAGUUCAACACGCCCGAACAUCCCUUCCUGAACAUGGCCAAAAAGGAGACCAUACUUGCCGUGUCGGACAUGAUCAAGUCCCAGCAGCCCAAGGCACUUGAUCGGUUGGCCCGCAAAAACAAGUACAUCUUCGGGGACAGCUCGGAUGAGGACCAGGAUCCGAACGAACCCGUCUUCAAGAAGCAGGACAGCAAACUCUCGGUCAUGAAGUACGAUCGGGACGAACCAAAAGUCGAGCAACCCGCGGCAGCAGCCGCCGCCGAGCGGCGUUCCGCCCGCGACAAAAAGAAGAGCAAGCGAUUUUCAGAGGACGGCGAAGACGACACCAGCAGCAGCAAGGCGUCCACAAGCUCUUCAAAGUCCAAAGCGUCAACCUCGUCGCGUCCCAAAAAGCAGGUCGACGAGUCCGUCGAUUACGAACCCUCAGUCACGGUCAGCGAGUCGACGACGCGAUCGCGAAAGCGCAAAGCCGCUGAAGAAGCGCCUUCCGCUCCCGCCGCCCAGCCAAAGCCAUCAAAAUCCAGCAAGACGACCGUCGUCGCUGAGGUCGCCCCCGAACCCGCCAAAACGCGUGGACGGCCCAAGCGCACCGUGGCGGAUCUACCGCCACCACAACCAAAGGUGGAACCCAAGCAGGAGCGCUCCAGCAAACGUACAAAGCAGAAGCAGCCUCCGGAGGAGGAUGACGGAGAAUCGGCGAGUGAGGCCAACACCAGCACCGGGUCGGCCGAGUCGUCGUCGUCUGGGACGCGCAAGUCAAGUCGUGUCGCAAAGCCACGGCUCAUGUUUACCAAGAUGAGUCCGGAGCCGUACAAGCGGAUGAUUACGCGAGCUGGUGGCACCAUCGUGGACCUGCCCGAGCUCGCCUCGAUCCUCGUGUCGGACCGCGUCUACCGCACGUACAAAUUCCUGUGCGCCAUGGCGCGCGGCAUCCCCAUCGUGGGCCAGCCCUACCUGGAGGAGGUGCAGCGGCGCCGCGAGCUAGUUGACCCGUGGGACUUUAUCCUGGCGGACGGCGAAAUGGAGCGGCGGUUCAAGUUCAGCCUGAAGAAGUCACUGCAGCUGGCGAGCGAGGCGAAAAUCUUCCAGGACUAUUCGAUGUUUGUGACGCCCAGCACGAAGCCGCCGCCGGACGAGCUGCAGCUGAUUAUGGCGAGCGCCGGAGGGCGGGUCAUCAAGUUCCCGGGCCAGCAGCCGAAGCAUGCGGACAAGCUGUUUGUGGUUUCGCACGUGGACGAUAAGCAGCUGUGGCCCAAGAUGCGGGAGAUGUACCCGUCCAUCACGAUCAUCAGCACCGAAGGGUUCAUGCAGUCGGUGAUGCAGCACUACAAACACUUUCGCAACUAUCGAUUGACUUGAGGGUGUGCUGGUGAUGCUGCCUGCCAAGUUGUUUUGUUUUACGCCCCAGUUACAAAUUCAAGAUUGCCAUGUGCCACAAGUUUGACCAGAUUUCAGGACAAAUCAGACAGUAAGGACCAUGUACUAUUUUUAAGAUGUUGCUAAUAAAGCAGUUAUGAACAA